UUGAGAGCCACUGUUCUUAUCGUCUGCAUCAUGACUCAUUAACAGUUUACUGUGACAACAAACGAGCCAAUCAGCGUACAUUUUGCUAAGAUGGAGAAGACAGUGUGUUAGGCCUAAUGUUACGAUGAAGAAAACUUGGCCGCGAUACUGUGAGCCUGUGCUGAGUUUAUUGUCUAUCUGGAUGGAUAGCGGUUGUUUCUCUAUUUAGCCGCUGCUUAGGAUGAUGUCCUUACAAUCUACUGUGUUGUUUCCUCACAUACUUUACAGUCGCAGCUACGUUUAGCUUGUCACCUCAGAGAUGAAGGCAGCAAAGCUUGGAUAUGGCUCAAAAUACUAAGUCAAAAACAAGAAAAAAGAAAAAAAUAGAUACUGAAAACGAUCCAAUGCUUAUAAAUUUGAACGAGCUAAUUAUUAGCUCUUCAGAAUGUGACAACACUGACAAGCCUGCAUCACAAGCCAUCUCUGACUAUUUGCUUAGGGACUACCUUAAAAAGCAUGUGGAAGAAUUGUAUCCAAGCAUCGGCAAAGAAACGUAUCGAGUACCUUACGUGCAUUUCAAUAAAGUUCAAUCUAAACAGGAUACUGCGGACAGAACCCCAGAGGUACAGAAGGCCCAUUCAGAAGAAACAGACAAACGAAGUGAUCGAGCCCAUAGUCGGGUCGGUGAUGCAGUCUAUCAUCUAAGCCUAGACCUGACCAAAGAGAAAGAUGAAAAAGUCUGCCCAUUUUUUAUAAUCAGUUCUUACCAGUAUGACAACUACUUGUCUGAGUUGAAAGACCAUCUUGCAGAAGCUGAUAUUAAACUGCCGCAGGGCUGUGGUGUACAGAGAGGAGAGGCUGAUAUAAUUAUCAUCCUUUUGAAUCAUGUCAUUUUUGUGGAGGUCAAGGCAACUGGAGAUAACCUGGCAGAGUAUAAGGUCAAAAAGGAAACCAUUCAGAGCACCAUAAAGAAGGCGGAGCAUCAGCUGGAGCGGGACAGGAAGAUCUUUGACUACAUCUUCUCCCAUCUGGACUUGAAGAGCUUCAAGUUCACAGAGGUCAUAGCUUUUCCAAACCUGGAUAGGAGUCUUGUCACUGAUGUCUUGGGCACCAACCCAUUUGUGAGUGAGCAUAAAGAAUAUAAAUUUCUGUGUAAGGAAGAUAUGCCUGAUGAAAGUUCAGGAGGAAACUUGGAGAGGUUCAAAACCUGGUGGAGCCUGAAUGUUUUCACAGAGAAUACAAUUUUGCAAGAUGUAAAAGCUAGAGAAGAGGCCUUGGACAAUAUGAAAUCUAUUAUAGGGUGCUAUGUUGGAUUCUUCUCGGUUGUGGAGUUGGCGCCUAAUUCUAAGCUACGUAAACUGCGUGUUGAGGGAAGGCGUAAGGGACAGAGUGUUCUUCACGUGGGCAACCAGUUUUCUGCCAUUGUCCUCAACGGGGAGCAGAGUGAUUACUCAUUAGCUACAGAAAAGCUAGGGUACCUGUGUGGACCCCCUGGUUCAGGAAAAACUGUAGUCUUGGCUGUGAAAGCUCGAAGAUGGAUUUUGGAUGGUAGUCAGAAUUAUGUUGUCAUUGUCAAUAUGUAUCGUGGUGCUGCUGGAAGAGUGAUUGGAAAACAGAUCGUUAAGCUAAUUACAGAGGUGACUGAUGCACAGAAAAAGGAGAAGCUCCAGAAUCAUUGUGUGGAGAUCCCAGUGAAUGUCGACAAGUUCCAGAAAGAUGAAUUUGUUCGGUCUGUAAAUAAACAAGUUACACACGAGGGGCAAGAUUUCAGCCGCGUCUUGUUCAUCGUUGAUGAGACUUACGUCAAGUCCUACUGGGAGGAAGUUUUCAACACCUUACGCAGCUUUGACGGCAGUGGCUUGUGGUGCGCUGGGUUGUAUGGUAAACAGCCGCAAGGAUUCAAAGAGAUGCUGCUCAAUAAGGUCAUUAGGUGCCCACCCAAAAUACAGCGUGUUUUAAAGCUGAUAGACUGGGAUGAGAGAAGAGUGGAGUGUUACUGUAAGGACAGUGCCUCAGAGGUUCUCCCAUCUGAUGGCCCGACUGUGUUAACUGUUAGACAUUUGCAGCAUGCUUCGCAGCAGAAUGUUUCGCCUUUGGAUUGCAGCCAAUGUGGCAAGGAGCUGGUCAAACUUCUCCAGGAUGAGUUUAAUGUGGAAAAACCUGGCAUGUGUCACACACAGCCAGACCUUGCCAAAAGCUCUCUCAAGUGUUCUGAUAUUGUUUUUCUAGUCAACUUGCCCAGGACUUGCUACAAACCUGACGAGGCACACUACUUGGACACCACAGAUGAUGAAUAUAAAUCUUACAUGAAAAAUCUGAAGCAAAGCGUCAUGUUGAAAGAGUUGAACACAGCUGGCUACCCCUUGAAGAUCCACACAGAAUUUCUCUGCUCAGAAUUGACGACAGCCUCUCCCGCUGAGCUCAUCAAUGUCGUGUGGAUCUACGCUUAUCAAGGCUUGGAGAAUAAAGUCGUUAUCUUCAUCCCUGGCGACGAGGCCAUGCCUGAAAAUACUGACAAAGAUUAUUUGAAAGACGCAACACUUAACAUCCCAUGCCCUGGGCUUAAGGGCGCUGAGUCAAACGAUAGCUGGACAUGCAUCUGUAAAGAAAAUGAUAGUCAUUUAUCCGAGAUCAGAUCAAAUGCUGAUGAUGCGCAGAACAAAGAUAGCUGCAGAGGGAAGACCAUAGCAGAUUUUCACUUCAAGGAUGAGGAUGUGGAUAGGUACACGCGGUGGGAUAAAAAUGGAUUGUUCAUUUCGGCCUCAAGAUGUACCUCGCAGUUGAUUUUAGUAACCAGAUGAUAUUACGGCCAGUAAAAACCACAGGGGUUCUUCUGUUUAUCCCAGCCCACGGGGAUAUUGUCAUGUCUCCAGAUGGCAUUUAAAUGUGAUUUGAUAGCAUUUAAAUGUGAUUUGGUAGCAUUUAAAUGUGAUUUGGUAGCAUUUAAAUGUGAUUUGGUAGCAUUUAAAUGUGAUUUGGUAGCAUUUAAAUGUGAUUUGGUAGCAUUUAAAUGUGAUUUGGUCAUGGAUGACUUGCACUGCAUUUAUUUUUUACACUGUGUAAUUUACU